AUGCACCUCGACGACGUUUCAGCCUUCCUACCCGUCCUGCCCAUGUUCAGCUUCACGUUGGUUGCAUCCAUCGGCUAUGGCAAUAUAGCACCGGCAACAGAUGCUGGGAGGGUCUUCUGUAUGGUUUUCACGUUAGUGGCCACGCCGGCACUGGUGGUGGCAUACCUUGGUGCAGCAAGGAAGAUGAUCGACUUCACCAGAGUCAUAGCCAUGCUCUUCAACAAGAAGAAUAUUCUCACCUUUCACAAAUACGAUACUGACGGCUCUGGGCAGCUGGAUUUCGUCGAGUUUGGAUCAGCUCUGCGCGAUCUGGGGUAUCCAGUUGCAGAAAGUGAUGUGAACUUGAUCAUGGAGGAAGUCAACAUUUGUGAUACCUCGCUGGUAACAAUUCAAGAGUUCGGCCAGGCACUGAUCUUGCUGGAGUUUCCCAGUGCGCGGCAGGAGAAACAUCGCCUGAGUGCGAUGAUCAGUUUCUCCACCACGCUGACAUGGUUGCUAGCUGGUGCGGCGCUGGAGCUUCGUCGAGCCUUGGCUGCCAUGCGACUGCCAGCAUUGCACACCACAUGCAUGCGCAAGCAGGAGGCAAUAUGGUUCUGCUGGGAGACGCUCAUGACCAUCGGCUUGGGAUGGUUUACCUUGGCUUACAGCUUCCUGGGUCUUGGAUUCAUUUCUGUUCUCCUUCAGAGCAUAGUGGACCUUCUGUCCAAGCACAGCUCCAUCAUCGGGAGGUUGGAGAUGCGACUGUUGGAGGCCCGUACCACGAAGCCAUCCUGUCCCCAAGGUCAGAGGCUAUAUAGUUUUUUACUUGGCGAUCUCCCCGUCCAGCAAGCUGCUAGAGAUGCAAGCGCCGCCUAA